GACAUUUACACUUGAGCUCGAACCUGGCGAGUGACAACCGAUUAAUCUGUCAAAGAAGUCCGCAGAAUGUUCUGCUCACGGUCUACGCUCUGUCAAGCGACACAGGCUAUCAAGCGGUGUCAGAUUCGCUCUCUGUCCAGCUUAGAGGGCCACCCGCAUAUAUAUGUCUUUCAAAACGAUGGCGAUAUAAUACAGGGGAAUUCCCACAUUCUAUCUCUUCUACCGACCGAACCACCGAGUCGCGAUCUUGCCAUCGGCUCUACCACGCGACUCCCUCCCACGCCCGAAUCCUUCCAAGAGAACCCCGCGUUUCUGAAGACCUUACAAGAAGUUCUUUCUAAACAUGCUCAUGAGGACCCCGAUGCGAUCUCACAGGCCCAAGUUAUGGCCUCGACGUCUGGCGCAAAUCUCGGAUCUGGAGGAGUCCUGAUGGCAGGUCACCAUAGGCGAAGACGACGGGGGGAGAAUGAUAUGAGCAGCGGAGCAAGUGGUCAAGGGGGCGUUGGCUCUGCAGGAAGGGGCGGCUGGAUCCAUAUAUCCGAUAACAGACGGCCCCCAGAAUACGGGAGAAUCGCAUGGCCGGAAGAUAUAUUUGGUAGCCUAGAGGUCGACGGCAAGGGGCAAUUUGUGGAUGGGAAUGGCAAUUAUCAAUCAAGUGGCACUUACAGGAUUGUCACCAACAACGGGAUACUGGGUUUGAGUCCUUUUCUGAGAGAAAAGUUGGUUCAGAGAUUGCGCGAACAGGAAGCUUGACGGCAAACCCGGGAGGUUUACCAUACUUCAUUGUAUAUUACUGUACUUUAAAGUGCCUAUAUUCCUACAGCCUGGAUGUAUUCCAACAUCUAUUCCAAAACCAUGAGAAAUUUUACCAGAAAAGGUUUCAAAC